GGAGAGCAGAAGUUAAGAAACUUGGAAGUGUGAACGUCUGCGAGGCGUCAGCACCAGUAAAGUUUCGCCAUAGCAGUGCUGCGUAGGAGUCGAGCGCCCAGCAAACAGUCACUCUGAAAGUACUGCUCUUACAAGUUGCCACAAAGAAUUGUCUCCUGCUUCUUUAAACUGUUUACAUACACACUUCACUAUAACAAGGAUUCAUUUAGUUUAAAGCCAUGAAAAUACUGCUGACAUUAAUCUAAACAGUCUCUAGAUGACAUACUGAUGCCAUUUACAAAUGAUCUAAGCAGCUUUAAGAGUCUGAUUACCAAGUGCUUAUUUCCCAGGGUGGGGCUGGAGCUGCCAUGAGGUGGAAGGAAAUGAAGGUAAACUGUAACCUCAAGGUCCCACUUGGAAGUGGAUCAGGCGGUAUGUUCGGUUGGCAGAUUAACUGCCCUCACUUGGGAACACACAGUAGAACAAGUGAACAGACUCCAGCGUUUCCAUGUGGUUUUGGUGAGGAUCCUUUCCUCAGCAGCAGGUUCUACGAGUCCUGUCCAGUACCUUGAUUUCAAGGACCUUCGAUAGGCGGAAUUACAGUACAGUGUUCUGAACGGCCAGCUGAUAUUGGCUGAAGCUGACAGAGAUGUUGCAGUUCGUGGAUUUCUAUAUUAAUCUUUAAUCUUUCCUGAAAUAUUGCUAAGGUAAGGAGAGACAUCCUUCUUAGACCUUCCUCAAUCUUCUUUCAACACCCUCAACAUUCCUGCAACCUUCUCAACCCUUCUAGACCUUCCUCUACCUUCCUCAGCCUUCUUCAGGCUUUCUAAACCAAGACCUUUCUAAAUUCCCCUCAGAUCUCCUCAGUUUUUAGAUCUUCAUCAACCUUUUUAAACCCUUUUCAUACUCUUUGGCCUUUGUAGACCUUCGCAAACCCCUCUUGAACCUCCACAACCUUCCUGAACCUGUCAAACAUCUUCAAUCUUCUGAGACCUUCCUCAAACCUCCUCAGCUCUCAUUGCCUUAACCCAACCUUCCUAAACUUUCUUAGACCUUCCCAGACCCCUUUUGAACCUUCCGGGCUUGCUAUGAUUUUCAGCAGCACUCCUAGACCCUUUCUGAUCUCCCUUAACCCUCCUAGACCUUCCUCAACAUUCUUCGACUCUUCUCUCUCUCUCUCUCUCUCUGAACCCUUGGUGCUCGCUGCAGACAUUUCUUGAAUUCUCUUGUCUUUCCUCGAUCUUCCUAGACAAUCCUUCCCCCACACCUGCAGAAUUCUUCCUGGCAGACCUUCCAGAAAUACAUUUCCCAUCAUGCUUCAGUCUCUCAGGUGUGGCCAGAUCGACCAGGUGUGUCUGAAGGUACAGUCCCGCAGGAGGAAUUCACAGGUCCGACUUCCAGCUGCUUUAAUCCAUUCUUUGUUCAGCAUGACUGGAGGAAGAGCAGCGCGGAGCCGCAUUAGGGGCAACCCCUGAUUCCUACCGUCCGGCCGAGGGGCCCGCAGCGGACAGGCGAGGGUCCGGGGGAAGCUCACGUGGAGCGUGUCCAGAAUGGCCCACAGCGUCAGCUUUGACAUGAGGGACCUCACUUUGGAGAGUCCUGUGGACGAGGGCGUGGUCCACGACUCCUUCAGCCGCCUCAUCGAGGAGCAGAGUCAGAGCCUGGACAAGGAUGACAACGGACUGGAGAUGCAGGUGCUGUCCGAGGAGGACGUGUCGGAGGAGGACCUGCUGGAGGAGGACAGAGACAACGUUCCCUACCUGGUCGGUUCUACGUGGGACAGGUUAGAGCAGGAGAGGGGUCCGGAGCACACGGACCCCCUGACCGGGGAGCAGUGGUCCAACGCCACGCUCAAGGUGCUCUCGUCCAUGCCGAGCCGCACUAUUGGCCGCAGCCGUGGGGCCAUCCUCUCGCAGUACUACAGUCGCACCCUGCAGCUGCGUCGCCGCAGACAGAGCCGCCCCUCCCUGCGCGAUUAUCCCCACUCUUCCCGGCCCAGCAUCCGUGGCUACGGCGUCGAGAUCGACGCCACGGACCUGGGUAGAGAAGAGUGCAAGAAGGACAAAUUGGUGAACAACCUGCAGAAUUUGUCCGUCAGCGAUCGCACACGUGUGCUGAAAGGCAUGCCCCUCAGUCUGGCCGAGAAGAGCGAGCUCAGGAAGUUGGCGACCAGUUACAAGGGAGCGCAAAUGCCGUACCGAGGCCAGAUCCCCUGCUGCAGCAGACUCAAGUAUUACAUCAUCAUUGCUCUGCGGCACACCUGGUACAGUUGGCUCUCCUUCCUGCUCUCCCUGCAGCUGUGGCAGGUGGCGCUCAAGCGCGUCAGCGGCCGCUUCGGCACCGGCGUGCUCUCCUACUUCGUCUUUCUCAGGACGCUGCUGCUCUUCAACGUCUUCCUCGUGCUCAUCACGGGCUUCUUCCUGGUCAUCCCGCAAGCCGUCCACCCUUCGCGCCGCACUGGCCCCGCGGUGGCCUUCACCGGCUUGGAGCUGCUCACCGGAGGUGGCUACUUCACAGACUCGGUCAUGUACUACGGGUAUUACGCCAACUCCACCCUGAACGGGAGCUGCCAGCCCACCCGGAACAACUCGAGGGAUUCUAAUAGGACGGACUGCUCGCCGAAGGACCCCGGUGAUGCCGGAGGAGGGUUCCACCUGUCCUACAACAUGCCUCUGGCCUACUUCUUUACCAUUGGAAUGGCCUUCUUCAUCACCUGCAUCAUCCUGGUCUACAGCAUGUCCAAGUCUUUCGGGCAGAGCUUCCGCGUGGACAAGCCUCAGGGCAGCCUGGCACUUAAGGUCUUCUGCUCCUGGGAUUUCAAGGUCAUGAAGAAGAGCUCCGUGAAGCUGCAGUCGGAGAACAUUAGCACGCAGCUCAAGGAGCUGCUGUCGGAGCUGAGCAGUCCUCACGAGAGGAAGAGCGUCCUCCAGAGGUUGGCCCGGGUGUCCGUGCACCUGCUGGCGUGGACCAUGUGCGUCGGCAGCACGGCGGCCGUCUCGUUCGCGGUUCACUACUUCUCAGAGUACAUGCACAAUGACCUGAAGAAGCGGGCGGAUCUGACCACCCAGAGCCCCCUGGAGAAGGAGGCCAGCCUGCUGGCGCUGCCCGUCGUGGUGUCCGGCAUCAACCUGCUGCUGCCCGGCUUCUUCAACACCGUGGCCUGGAUGGAGGAGUACGACUCUCUCAGCAUGCACACGCACGUCGCCAUCUUCAGGAACCUCAUGCUGAAAGUGAGCGUGCUGGCUGUGCUCUGCUACCACUGGUUGGGGCGGAUUGCCAGCAACCCUCCGGGACUCAACCUGGAGUGUUGGGAGAACUUUGUGGGCCAGGAGCUGUACCGCUUCCUGCUCAUGGACUUCAUCUUCACCAUCCUGGACACCUUCUUUGGAGAGUUCCUCUGGAAGCUCUUCUCCCAGAAGGCACUGAAGCGGAAGAGGAAGCCAGUAUUCGACAUCGCACGGAAUGUCCUGGAGCUCAUUUAUGGGCAGACGCUGGCCUGGCUGGGAGUGCUGUUUGCCCCGCUGCUCCCCGUGGUUCAGGUUCUCAAGCUUCUGCUGCUGUUCUACAUGAAAAAGGCCAGCCUCAUGUUGAACUGCCAGGCUCCCAGGAAGCCCUGGAGGGCCAGCCAGAUGACCACCCUCUUCAUCUCGCUGCUCUGCUUCCCCUCCUUCGUGGGGGCGGCCGUAUGCGUCACUUACACCAUGUGGUCAAUCAAGCCCUCGGGGCACUGCGGGCCCUUCCAGAACCUCACCACCAUGUUCCAGUCUGGGAAGCGCUGGGUGCAGGAGCUGGCGGACAACCACCCCAAAAUGGCCUGGCUGGCCUGGAUGCACACCUACCUGGUGGAGAACCCCCUCUUCCUGUUCGUGGCUGCCGGAAUCUUCCUAGUGGUCAUUUACUUCCACACCCAAGUGGUGGACGGCCAGCGGAAGAUCAUCUGCCUUCUGCAGGAGCAGAUUGAGAGCGAGGGGGAGGACAAGAAGUUCCUCAUCAGGAGGCUGCAGGCCAUCCACGAGCAGCGACGGCCACGCCCCGUUCAGAGGCCGACGCCCUUGGGCAGCGAGCGUUUGGAUGAGAACGUGUGACCAGCCGCCAGGACGCACACCUCGCACCUUGACCCCGUGUUCGGUACCUGCUCUGGGGAAGCACGGCGCGCCCGUCUCCCGAUGAACCCGAGCUUCUUCGUUCUGGGCCAAGAGCGGGACCCCAAACCACGGAACGUCAGGAAAACGGGUGUUUUGGAGCCGCGCCUCCGGAGCCAUUAUGGACAUACGGGCACACAGACCCGACACUGUAUGACUGUACCGCCACUACAGGUGAUUCUGCUUUCUCUCGUUGUCUGUGCAAAAUGGCGUGGGGGAGCUUUUAGUGUCUUUUAGCAUCUGGAUAUGAACUGUAUUUAUCGUUUAUAGUCUUCAGGAUCAGGUACCGCUCUGGUGCUUGUUUUUACCAUACUGUGAAUUGUAAAUGUAUUAUCCUACUGUAAGUUUUUUAUUUUUUUUAAAUAAAAGGAAUCUUUAGUUACUAAAUGUCUUGUAAAUGUCUCAGAACAGAAACAUGGCGUGGAACUGUAUGAAAAUUAACUACUGCUGAGGAGUCAUGAGCCAAAGGGGUUUCGUUCGUGGUGCAACAGGGUAUUUAUGGGGUACGUUAGCUGACACUUUUCUCCAAAAGGACUUAGUGUCAAGCU